AUGUUAGAAAAUAUGAUUGGAGAUGAAAAGUAUUCUGAUGAUGAUAUCGAGGAAAAAGAAUGCCCACUUUGUUUAGAAGCUUUUGAUCCUGAUGAAUAUGAUUUUUAUCCUUGUAAAUGUGAGUAUCAAAUUUGUCGUUUUUGCUGGCAUAGAAUUAAAGAAGAUGAAAGUGGUUUAUGUCCAGCCUGUAGACAGGCAUAUCCUGAAAAUCCUGUCAAUUUUAAACCACCAUCAAACACGGAAUUGAAACGGUUUAAGCAGGAGAAGAAACAACGUAAGGUUCAGGAUAAAUCUAAAUUAAUGGAACCUGGAACACAUCUCUCUGCUUAUAGGGUUUUACAAAAAAAUCUUGUUUAUAUUAUUGGGCUAUCUCACAAGUAUACAGACCAAGAUGCUGUUAAAAAAUGUGACCAUUUUUCUAAAUACGGUAAAAUUAUAAAAGUUGUUGUUGGACAACCAUUGGUUCCUCCAACAGCUUAUACAACUCAGACAACAUUUACAGCAUAUAUAACUUACGCUAAAGUGGAACAAGCUUUAAGUUGUAUAGUGGGAGUAAAUAAUACUAUUUUGGAUGGUAGAAUGUUAAAAGCUUCUUUGGGGACAACUAAAUAUUGUUCUAAUUUUUUACGAAAUGUUGUUUGUAAUAAACCUGAUUAUGAUAUGCAAUUAGGCAAACAUACAGAUUGUGAAAGAAGGUUAAUUGAAAAAGUUUUAGGAUCAUCUGGUAGUCAACAUGAUGGUGGUAAUCCUCCUGAAGAAUUUUCAAAUAAUGAUACCAGUAGAAAUGUUUCACCAAUUAAUCUUAAUAAAGAUACACUAUAUAGUGAUAUGAGGUUAGGACACUUUAUUACCCCUUCAAUUGUUAAAAAAUCUACCAGUGAUGAAAAGAAUGAUAUGCCAAAUAGUAAUAUUGAGAAUAAACGUGUAGUUGAUGAAUCACUGCCAGCUGAUGUGCAAAUUGCCAAAAUAUCCUCUUCUAAUUCGGUGUCUAAAGGAACUCUUUCUAAUGAAAUACAAACACUAGAUAAUCGGACGGUGAACGAUUUGAAGAUGACAAAUAAAACGGCACCAACAUCUAUACAAAAUAUAUCUAGGACACAAAGAAGACCUAAUAUUGAAGAGGCAGAUGAUGAACCAUUAAAAGAAAACUUUGAUUGGAAAAAAGCUUUAGGUAUAACUGGAACAAGUAUUGUACAGUGCUUAACGCCUCCAUCUAAAGUUGAUAAAGAAAAGUAUUCAACAAAUCCUGGUUAUGAUAUAUUAAGUGAUCCACAUAAGUGGUAUCUUGAAGCACAUAAACAAUUAUUUUUCCCUCCUGUACCUCCUGUUGAGGCAUACAAGAAAACACCAACAACAGUGCCUCCACAAGCUGCUUCUUCUACACCUACUUUUGAUAAUAGUAGAUAUGCACUAAAUAUGUUAUAUCAAAAUGGUAUGCCAAAUCCAGGACAUACAAAUCCUUCAUAUCCAAUGGGACAGGGCACCCCUGGUUUUGUGACUAAUAUAGGACCCAUAGGCCAACCACGUGCCUCUGUUACUCCUGUUAUGAGUGGAGUUAAUCCUCCAUCUGUACCAGUUAAUACUCCAACAACGCAGGCUCCAACAAAUAAUUUCGUCAGUCAGCUUCAUAAUUCACAUCCACAGAUGUCUGGUACCACAACACCGGUGCCGGGACCACCACCACCACAAUCUAUUCUUCCAAAUGUAAAUAUGGGAGGUGGUAGUCAUGAUCAUACACAAUCUCAACAACAACCUAACAUUUACCCUCAUAAUAUAGUAUAUCAUGAGAUGAUACGUAAUAUGCAGAUUCAAAGGAAUUAUCAAAUGCUUCAACAGAUGACUUCUAUGGGUUUUGGCGGUGGACAAAAGGACUUUCAUAACAUGCCUUCUAACUAUCCUAAUACUUAUCAGCCACCUUCAUCUAAUGUCAAUGAAUAUAAUAUUAACAAUGAAUAUGUUGGAGGGAAUGUGCCAAGAAAUCCUUAA